UGGCGCCUUGAGGGCUUUGGGAGAUGUUCUUUCUUUGCUGGAGAGUGGGUCCUUCCUGCCCCCAACCCUCGAGUUGUUCGACGGUCUUCUUAGGAUUUCCUUUCCCGAUUCCCUUUGGAGGGCAGACCUCCUUUCCUUCCCAGUCUCCAUCUGAGGUCCUAGCCUGUUUUCAGCAGGUUCGGAGGGAUUCCUGGACUGGCCUGCAGUUCCGGGGUCGCCUACCCAGCGCCGAACUUCAAGGACUCUAGGGACACUUGAUGUACAGCUUUACGUGCCCUCAGUUAACAUGGUGGGCGUAGCCUCUGUGGGCUGCAUUUUCUCCAAUCAGAAGACGUCGUUGCGGAGGCACGGCAGUGGUGUCAUCAAUCCGCGCGCUCCCGGCCCCGAAUAUCUCCUUCCGAGAAACCCACGUGUGUCUGUGCUACGCUGGGGGUAGCUGCCGCUGGAUCAGGUUGGGGUGGGAUGGGGGCGGGCCUGAAGAGCUAGAGAUAUCUGUUCAUCUCGGAGCUGGCGUGCAUUAUGACUUGGAGGCAAGGAAGUGAAGAGUCUGCCAGCCAGAGAAUCGGGGUCAGUGCCCUUUGUGGAGGAGAUUGUGGCUCGAGCUUGCUACCUGGAGACAAGAAUUCUCCAUCUAGAGACAUCGAGUGAAACAGGGAAGAAAGGAAAGAGACUGAGUGGAUGGGUGACUGGUGAUAGAAUAAAGUAGGGAGAGAAGAGGAGCCUAGUGGUGGUGGUGGGGGCAUGUAAGGGAAGAGAUAGAAAUGAAGGGAAGGGAAGAGAUUAAGAAAAGACCAUUGGAUGUCCAGAUCUGCCCUUUCUUUAAUCGCAGAAAAGCAAAUGAUGAGGAGCUGGAAAGAGAUGAAGGGGACUUCUUAGCACUUGUCUAAGCAAAGGAGGUCUGAGCCCCUCAGCUUCACCAGUACUCUUCUAUGUUUCUGCAAAGGGAGUAGUUCUGAGAGUUGGAGGAAGGGGGGCCAUAUUGUGACUGGGGAUGUAAAGAGUAGCGUUUGUAGCGGAGAAUUGCAAGGACAUGGAGUUACUUCAGGAGGAUACUGAAAAGAGACAUCAAAGGGGUCGAGGAGGACAUCGAGAGGUUGGGAGCUUGUGACCAGAAGUACUGAUUGAAACAAUGAAAUGGUUAAUCUUACCCUCCCAUUCCCUGCUGGGGUCUGGCGCCAGACGGCCUCCACCGCCGUGGUGAACUGUAAUUCUUGGUCCUGUGCUGUGUUGACUUUUGUCUCGCUGUUGGAGUGGCGACCCUCCAAGGGCUUUGCGUUUGAGCAGAUCCGUAGCUCCUCGCCAGGCCUGAUGGCUCCUCUCCUACCUUUGUGCUGGCUUUCUGCCCUACUCCAUCAUCCUCUAGCCUGUACUACAGAGACAUAGCUUGGCUUCUACCAUGCCCCCCGGCAGAGGAGGAGAACUGUGAGGAGAGUGAUUGGGCACCAGGUUGUAGUUGCAAUCCAUCUUUUGCCUUUGCCCGGCUGGAAAGCAUUGCAGAAUCUGUGAGGGAUACCUAGGUACAGGGCAUGGGCAUCAGAGAGUUCUAUGCGGGGGUAAGUCCUUCUGCCACAGCCCUCCCGACGACGACCCCUCCGACGACCCCGUCCCACUUCACCGUUGUGGACUAUGGAGUCUGUGUACUCUUGCUGGUGUCAUCGCUUGCCAUCGGGCUGUUCUAUGCCCGGCGAGGCAGGGGCCAGAACACGGUCCGCCAGUUCCUAUUGGCUAACCGUAGCAUGGGCUCCUUACCUGUGGCGCUCUCCCUGCUUGCCACCUUUCAAUCAGCUGUGGCCAUCCUAGGAGUACCUGGGGAGAUCUACCGUUCUGGCACUGAGUAUUGGUUCCUAGGCUGCUCCUACUUACUAGGUCUGCUGGUGCCUGCCCAUAUCUUCAUACCCAUCUUCUACCGACUGAAUAUCUCCAGUGCUUAUGAGUAUCUGGAGCUUCGAUUCACUAAGGUUGUGCGACUGUGUGGAACCAUAACCUUCAUCUUUCAGAUGGUGAUCUACAUGGGUGUUGUUCUGUAUGCCCCAGCCUUGGCACUCAAUGCAGUGACAGGCUUGGAUCUGUGGGGCUCAGUGCUGGCUCUAGGCAUUGUCUGUACUAUCUAUACAAGUCUCGGGGGGCUGAAGGCAGUUAUUUGGACAGAUGUGUUCCAGACAGCUGUCAUGUUCCUGGGACAACUAGCUGUGGUCAUUGUGGGGGCUGCCAAGGUGGGCGGCAUUGGGCGUGUUUGGGACGUGGCUUCACAGCAUGGCCAUAUCUCUGGGAUUGACCUGAAUCCAGACCCAUUUGUGCGGCACACCUUCUGGACUCUGGCUUUUGGGGGAGUCUUUAUGAUGCUCUCCUUAUAUGGAGUAAAUCAGGCCCAGGUUCAGCGCUACCUCAGCUCUCGCACCGAGAAGGCUGCCAUUCUUUCCUGCUAUGCUGUAUUCCCCUGCCAGCAGAUAACACUCUGCAUUGGCUGCCUCAUUGGUCUUGUUAUGUUUGUCUAUUACCAUGACCAUCCCCGGGCAGAAGCUCAAGUUUCCUCUGACCAGCUGGUUCUGUACUUUGUGAUGGAUAUCCUGGGGGAACUGCCUGGCUUGCCUGGGCUCUUUGUUGCUUGUCUCUUCAGUGGUUCUCUCAGCACUAUCUCCUCAGCUUUUAAUUCACUUGCGACAGUCACCAUAGAGGAUCUGAUCCGGCCCCACUUCCCGGAAAUCUCAGAGAAUCGUGCCACUUUGAUUUCUAAGGUCCUUGCUGUAGUCUAUGGCCUGGUGUGUCUGGGAAUGGCCUACGUUUCCUCCUUAAUGGGGCCUGUGUUGCAGGCAGCAAUCAGCAUCUUUGGGAUGGUUGGGGGGCCUCUGCUUGGACUCUUCUGUCUUGGCAUUUUCUUCCCUUGUGCCAACUCAACUGGUGCCGUGGUGGGCCUGCUGGCUGGACUCAUCAUGGCCUUCUGGAUCGGCAUCGGAAGUAUGGUGAGCAACAUGACCUCGAGGAUGGUGUCCUCUCCACUCAAUGGCACUGUCUUCCCCUCAUAUAGAAACACGACGGUGGUCUCCAUGACCACACUGAUGCCCUCCGCAGGGUCCAAGCCCACCGGACUGCAGCGGUUCUACAGCCUCUCUUAUUUAUGGUACAGUGCGCACAGUUCCACCACCGUCAUUGUCAUCGGACUGCUUGUCAGUCUCCUCACUGGUGGAACAAGGGGCCAGCCCCCAAACCCUCGGACGAUUUACCCAGUGUUGCCGCGACUGUUGGCCCUCCUGCCCAUCUCCUGUCGGGAUCGACUGCCCUGCCAGGACUAUAGUGAGGAUUUCUCCUAUAAGACAGAAAAGAUACCAGAGAAGCUGAGCAAUGGAAUGCUGACUGGUAUAGGGGAAGAGGAAGUGGUGGCAGCCCCUGAGCAAGGCCACAUCCAGGGAGACCAUGGUCAUUCCUUCAUACUACAGGAGACAUCACUGUGACCUGGGAGCAGAACAGGAUCUGCUGUCUUUGUUUCUCCAUCCACCCACAAGGCAAAUGCAUAAUGCAUCAACCCUCUCCCAGUAAACCAAGAGUGAGCCAGUGUCUGCUCCAGCAGGGAAAUCUGAGCCUGGUGAUCUAGUGUGCACCAAAGAACCUCACGAUAAGAUUUUCUGUCACUCACCAUCUUGUUAUUUCUGAUUAUUGUUGGACUUUCUCAUGCUCCUAAGCAGAAAGGAGUCUAUGCAGAAGAGGAAUCAAUUAUUGUCUCCAAGGAGAUUAAAAGGGAUCUCACGGGAAAUGGGUUUAACUUCAAACCUUCCAUUUCCCGCAAGUGUAACUUCGUACACCAAUCCAAGACCUGGAUGACAAGUUGCCAAUGACCCAGCCCCAACAGCCCCCAAAAGACACAAAAUUCUCCAGACAGAGACAUGGUCCGGUCCCCAGGACCUCCCUGUGGUGGAAAACACGUCUGUUUUGCUCCUGUUGCUAAUCAGAACUAAAGGGUUUCAUAGGCCCUGGUAGGUAGGUUAGACUGGUAGAUGAAGCUUCUAGCAUACUCUAAAGGAGCAAAUGAGGUAGGAGAGGCCCUGAGUAGAGGCCCAAGCAAAAAGCACUGACUAGCUGGCUUCUGUCUGCCCUCUAACUGAUCCUGGUCUCCCAUCAGUGGUCCCGAUUGGUCUAUCGCUCCGUGCCAUCCCCCGGAAUGUCAUUCUGCCUCUUGUUGAGGUUUCUUCACAUAUGGGGAAUACAGUUCUUUUACCUGGAUUCAUCUCACCACCUCUUUAUUGCAGCUGUCUUGGGCCCACUCUGAAGGCACUUCUUUUUAUGGUAUAAAUACUAUAAAAGCCGUCACUGGGAAACUCAUUUCCCAAGUCCUCUUUAUUCCCUGUCCUUUCGGUUGCCUUCCUUUUUUCAGUCCCUCUUCUUCGUCUUGGUCAAUGGCUCGGGCCUUCCUUGCUGAUAAGCAGAAGCUCUUAGGAGCCAGGCCUGCACUUGGAGAGGGGCUCUUUGGCCCCAUGAUAAGAUUUAAACGGUCAUUCCCUUCAGCCCCAGAAAAUGUGACAAUCAGAUCCUAAGUAGGGGCAAGGUCAGGGUUCUCCCCCCCACAAUCCCCCCCUACUGUCCUACCUCUGAUCUGGCACACCUACUAUCUGCCUUCCCUCGAGAGAAAAGAGUUCAUGUAGUGUGUGACGUCCUGAAGUAAGGAGUCCAUGACUCUCUUGAGACUUGAAGCAGAUAGAUAUAUUUACUGAGAAGGUUAAGGGAGAAAUAGGCAGUUGAAGAGACUUCCCCACCCCAAACUAAGCUAGCUAAUUCUAACCCUUCUGUUAUUCCCUGGAAAGAUUGCUCCCCUGUCCUUCAUCCCUGGAGUGUGCAUUGCCAAACUUUCUCCCCCUUCAAAAUCCUCCCCCCUCAUUCUCCCCAGCCCAGGCCAUCUUGGCCUAAUGAAGAAGAUGUAGCUAUUCAACUUUUAAAAAUAGAAUAUUUGAGCUGGACUUUUAUGGUCUUGGAGUGAGGAACACUGUGCUCACACCCUCCUCCCACACCUGGACACUCCACAGCCCCCAAUUCCCUCCCACCCCCAGUGCAGCUGCCUGAGAAGCAACUCCAUCCAAGCUCCCCAUAGCCUGGUCCUAAGCAGAUUUAUGAGUUUAGCCUUGGCUGAGGCCUCCUUCUCAUGGCUUCCAGCCAUGUCUCAACUGCUCCUCCACAUCCUGGGCAGCCCCAGAGCUCAAACUCUCCCUGUUUCCUCUUUUACCCCACCUCAAUAAUCUGAUCUUUCUCCUCCAGCCUCAUUCUUCUCUGUGCCCCUGACCCCUAAAUUUGUACCUUCAUCUUAGAAUUCAGGUCUAUGGCCUCUUUGGUCUUAAGUAUUGAAAUAAAUGUUCCUUAAUGUUCCCAUA